GUCUGCGUCAGUGCACCAUGGAUAGAGCUGCUGUGGGGUCGCCCCGCAGGACUCCCUCAGUCCCGGAAUGCAACAUCUCUACCUCCACCUUGGCUUUUGACCAUCACUUCACCACAACUGCCACGGGAAAACUCCACCUGGCUGAGAUAGUGUUUGGUAUGUUGGUGUGGAUUCUGGUGGAGGGUACAGAGUAUUUUCAUCUGCCAGCUCUCUGCUGGGUGAUGUUUGUUGCCAUCUUCUGCUGGGUUCUGACCAUUUGCCUGUUUAUAAUUAACCUCACUGGAGCCCACUACAGGAUACCACAGGUCCCCUGGACUACACUGGCGCUGUGUUUGAACUGCAGUGCUACAGCCUUGUAUCUGGUGACAGCAGUCAUAGAUUCUUUCUCAGUCAACAAGGCUGUCAGGGGGAGACACAACUACAACUGCUGGGCAGCAUCUGCAUUCUUUGCAUUUCUCACCACACUGUGCUAUGCAGGAAGCAGUUACCUGAGCUACUGUGCCUGGAAAACUGCAGAAGAAGGACAAUAGUUUGUAACCUGGUGAAGUGGUUGAAUGGUGAAGUGAAGACCUUCUCUGAGUAAUGUUUCUGAUACCUUCACAGCAGAACAAGGCUGCAGUCAAAUUAGCUGUCAUAUGGUUAGCAGAACGACACGUCAGAUAGGUAUGUAUUACGUUUUUGUGGACUCAACUUCAGCUCUAGGACACUUGUCAGAACACGGUGGAAUCUUUGCUAAAAUGAACAAUGGCAAACCUAUUUUUCAGCUCGUUAGCUGUUUAUGUGCAGCGUCACACACAUGGAUGAGAAACAGAUGUACACAGUCCUGCACACAGUAGCUUUUUAUUUCAUGUAAAUCCAAUUAUAAUUUGCCCCUUUUACGCAAUAAAAAAUAUAACACAGAGUAUACACUCUGUGUGGAAGACCAGAGUCCUUGCUUAGGAUUUAGUUUUUUUUAAUUAAUUUUGCAUUAUGUCCUAAGAGAAAAAAGGGGACCAUACAAUGCAACAAAUUAUAAUAUGGCUGAGAUUAAACAUCGGAUUAAAAUCCCUGUCAUUUACUACAGUAUGUUGUCAUCCUUACAGUAGCCAUUCCUAAACCUAUAUGAUGUAUUUUUAAAAUGGAAGUAAUCACUGCUUGUUUCCUUCUUUGUUGUAUUUGUGCACAGGGCUCUUAUUAAAAAACCCGGUUACUUCAA